AUGAACAUCCUUAUUUUUGGAGGCACUGGAUCUGUGGGUGCAUGGACAGCUCGAAAAGCGCUAGAACGUGGGCACUUCGUGACACUGCAUGUCAGAGAUGCAAACCGAGUUCCUGAGGAUCUAAAAAGUUCGAUUGGAGUUACGAUAUAUGAGGGCACUCUGGCCGACGAGGCAUCUCUUACCAGCGCAAUUAAAGGCCAAGAUGUAAUUCUCUCGUCGAUUGGACCGAACGGACCAUGGGGGUUUAAGGGCGAGCUCAUAGCUGGCUACCGGCUUAUCCUCAGACUGAUGCGGACCUUGAACGUCCAUCGGAUCAUUGCUAUGACCACAAUCAGUUGCUAUGAUCCCCAUGACUCCUUCGCAUUCUCCAGGCUACUGACAUAUCUCUUAAUAUUCAUCUUUGCUCGAAUUGCGCAGCUUGAGGUUUUAGGAAUUGAAAAAGUGUUCAAGGAAGAUGGCGCCAGCAUCGACUGGACUCUGGCUAGGGUCCCGGUGCUCAAGGAUUCGCCAGAAGACGGUUAUAUUGCUAAGGCGGGCUAUGUGGGCGACGGACACUGGAACCUCUUCUUGGAGCGGAGAGACUGGGCGAACUGGAUGGUCCGCGAAGCCGAGAGAGAGUGUCCGAACUGGGUGCGUGAGUCGCCAGCGCUCUACACGCCCCUCGAAACACGCCAUCGUUCCCACCCCCAUCGUGAAUAG